AUGGGUUCGCCUAGAAACCCGGAAGAGGCGCCCCCACCUCCGCACCAGCAGUGCGGGCGCCACAGCCCACCCCCCGGAGCAGCACGAGAGCCUGAGAGAGGGCGGCUGUCUGAACGAGGGCACGUGCCAAACACGGACACGCACUGUGGGGGCAGCUGCUGCUCGUUCCCAGACGAGUUCUGCUUUCCAGGAAGGACCGCGGAGGGCUAUGCGGCUUUCCAGGAGGACAGCUCCGGGGAUGAGGCCGAGAGCCCCUCCAAGAUGAAGCGCUCCAAGGGCAUCCACGUCUUCAAGAAGCCCAGCUUCUCCAAGAAGAAGGAGAAGGACUUCAAGGUGAAGGAGAAGCCCAAGGAGGAGAAGCACAAGGAGGACAAGCACAAGGAGGAGAAAACCAAGGACAAGAAGUCCAAGGACCUGACGGCGGCCGAGGUGGUGAAGCAGUGGAAGGAGAAGAAGAAGAAGAAGAAGCCCGUGGCCGAGCCGGAGGCGGUCCUGGCCGAGGCCCCCUCCGCGCGGCCGGUCUUCGGCGCGCCCCUGGCCGAGGCCGCGGAGCGCACCGUCCUGUACGACGGCAUCCAGCUGCCCGCCGUCUUCCGCGAGUGCGUCGACUACAUCGAGAGCUACGGGAUGAAGUGCGAGGGGAUCUACCGCGUGUCAGGGAUGAAGUCGAAGGUGGACGAGCUGAAGGCGGCGUACGACCGCGAGGAGUGCCCCAGCCUGGAGGAGUACGACGCCCACACGGUGGCCAGCCUGCUGAAGCAGUACCUGCGCGAGCUGCCCGAGAACCUGCUGGGCCGGGAGCUGAACGCCCGCUUCGAGGAGGCCUGCGGCCGCCCCGCCGAGGCCGAGAAGGUGCAGGAGUUCCAGCGUCUGCUGGCCGAGAUGCCCGCCUGCAGCCGCCUGCUGCUCUCCUGGCUCGUCACGCACAUGGACCACGUCAUCGCCAAGGAGCCCGACACCAAGAUGAACAUCCAGAACAUCUCCAUCGUGCUCAGCCCCACCAUGCAGAUCAGCAACCGGGUGCUGUACGUCUUCUUCACCCACGUCAAGGAGCUGUUCGGGUGCGUGCAGCUCAAGCCCGUGGUCAAGCCCUUGCGCUGGUCCAACAUGGCCACCAUGCCAGCCCUGCCGGAGACCCAGGAGAGCAUCAAGGAGGAGAUCCGCAGACAGGAGUUUCUUCUGAACUGCCUGCACCGAGACCUGCAGGCGGGUAUAAAGGAUCUGUCCAAGGAGGAGAGGCUGUGGGAGGUGCAGAGGAUUCUCACUGCUCUGAAACGGAAGCUGCGAGAGGCUAAACGACAGGAGUGUGAGACCAAGAUAGCUCAGGAGAUUGCCAGCCUCUCCAAGGAAGACGUCUCUAAAGAGGAGAUGACCGAGAAUGAGGAAGAGGUCAUAAACAUCCUGUUAGCUCAGGAGAACGAGAUCCUGACGGAACAAGAGGAGCUGGUUUCCAUGGAGCAGCUCCUGCGGAGGCAGAUUGCAACGGAGAAAGAAGAGAUUGAGCGCCUCCGGGCGGAAAUCGCCGAAAUCCAGAGCCGCCAGCAGCAGCACGGCCGCAGCGAGACGGAGGAGUACUCCUCCGACAGCGAGAGCGAGAGCGAGGAUGAGGAGGAGCUGCAGAUCAUCCUGGAGGACCUGCAGAAACAGAACGAGGAGCUGGAGGUGAGCGCGCGGAGCCGUGGGGCUCAGGGCCGUCUCGCGAGCGGAACCCAGGGGUUCCCCACUGCUUUACAGCCUCUUCCUCUGGCUGUCGCGGUUUCGUUUGCCCGAAUUGUCGUCUUCUGCCGUUGGUCGCAAAACUUGUGCGGACCGCUGUCCUGCAUGGUGGUCUUCGUGACCGAGGCAGAGGGGACAUCGACACACCUGCUGCUUAGGGGUCGGGCCCCUUUCUCUUGA